UCAUCGCUGGUCACAGCACACACAGUUUUUCUCUUGCUGGCAUUCUUGGCUGCCAGAGUAGAGAGAGAGUAAACUCAUAUUCUUGUUGAAACUCUGUCCGGUCUGAGCCCAGGCAGUGUUUGUGCAGAAACUAAUCUGAAUCCACACUGUGGACAUGGGAGUCACUCAUGGAAAGAAGAGAGACCUUCAGCAGUUUUCAGCGACAGCGAUUCAGACAAACCAAAAUGAACACUUGGACCCACGUCCAGAGCUUCAGGCUUUCACGUCCAAACAACAAAUUGAAGAUGAAAGCAGAUGUCUAAUCACACCCCAAAAACCUCUGAAUCCUUUCACAUCCUCCAAGAGCCACCAGGAGCUCCACAGAGAACUGCGGAUGAGCCACAGGAGGAGAGUGUCUCAAGAGGGGAAGACUGAACUCCAGCAGGCCCUAGAGAAGAGGAAAUGGGAACAAAAGAUGAAGGCGAGGAGGGAUCAGGAAGAAAGACUGAAGAGCAGAUUACCACUUCACCAAGAGCUGUUGAAAAGACACCAGAGACUUGAAAAGAUGGAGCAAAAAAAAGAAGAACGUGAGGAGCCAGAGUUUCUUCAAGUUAAACACAGACUGCGACGGACGACAAUGACAGAUGUGGGAGAAAAUAAUUAAACUCUGAAACAACGGUCCCCAGUGCAAUGAACAUUAAAAUAAUCCAUCAUUAACGUUCA